UACUGUCACGUGUCGUUCCGUUGAGUAUGCAUGACCGCUAGCCGAUUAUGUAUCAAGAAAAGCUGUAGAGAAAAUGUUAAAUGCACGGUAACAUGUCCGGUUUAACGUAACAUUGUACUAAAAUGUUUACUCGGAGUUAGUUAACGGCUUACGCUUUUAUCCCCACUGUCGGGCUGUUGGAGUGGAGCAAGGCUGCUUAGCAGCCAGCCAAGAUGGAUACCGCAGAGGAAGCGGAUAUAUGUAGAGUAUGUCGCUCAGAGGGCACCCAGGAAAAGCCGCUCUACCAUCCCUGCGUUUGCACUGGCAGCAUCAAGUUUAUCCAUCAGGAAUGCUUACUGCAGUGGCUAAAACACAGUAGGAAAGAAUACUGUGAAUUAUGCAAACACAGGUUUGCUUUUACACCAAUCUACUCCCCAGACAUGCCAUCUCGUCUACCUGUCCAAGACAUUUUUGCAGGGCUGGUCACCAGUAUCGGAACAGCCAUCAGAUACUGGUUUCACUACACACUUGUCGCCUUUGCCUGGCUAGGUGUUGUUCCUCUCACAGCAUGUCGCAUCUACAAGUGUUUGUUUACCGGCUCUGUGAGCUCUCUCCUUACCCUGCCAUUAGAUAUGCUUUCCACCCAGAACCUGCUCGCUGACUGCCUCCAGGGCUGCUUCGUGGUCACUUGCACGUUGUGUGCCUUUAUCAGUCUGGUGUGGCUUAGAGAGCAGAUUGUCCAUGGUGGAGCCCCACAGUGGUUAGAGCAUAAUCAACCCCCCCUGGUUCCGAACCAGCCUGAUGGUCCUGCACAAGCUAAUGAGGAUCCAGUCGCUAAUUUAGCAGCCAAUGUCCCGGCUGCUGCAGAUGCUGCAGGGCCGCAGCUCCCUGCAGAGCACGGCCCCAACGAGCCGGCCCUGGCCAAUCAGCAGGAAGCUGGCAACAACCGAGAUGAAGGAGAGUUGGAUGAUGAUGAAGGGGAGGAUGAUGAUGACGACGAUGGGGAAGAAGAUGAUGAGGAAGAGGAGGAAGAAGGCAGGGAGGAUGCUGCUGAUGCCAAUAACGGGGGGCAAGAAGAUUUGAACUGGAACGCUCUAGAGUGGGACCGAGCAGCAGAGGAGCUGACCUGGGAGAGGAUGCUUGGACUAGAUGGUUCCCUUGUUUUUCUGGAGCAUGUAUUCUGGGUGGUGUCUCUCAACACACUGUUCAUCCUGGUGUUUGCCUUUUGCCCAUAUCACAUCGGCCAUUUCUCAGUUGUUGGUCUGGGCUUUGAAGACUAUGUCAAAGCGUCACAUUUUGAUGGCCUCAUCACCACGAUACUGGGAUACAUCCUCCUGGCUGCUGCUCUUGUGGUCUGUCAUGCAUUGGCUUCGCUAGUGAAGUUCCAGCGCUCCAGACGCCUUCUUGGUGUCUGCUACAUUGUUGUGAAGGUUUCCCUACUGGUUGUCAUGGAGAUCGGCUUGUUCCCGCUCAUUUGUGGCUGGUGGCUGGACAUUUGCUCUCUGGAAAUGUUUGAUGCAAGUUUGAAGGACAGAGAGCAGAGUUUCGACUCUGCUCCAGGUACCACAAUGUUCCUCCACUGGUUGGUCGGCAUGGUUUAUGUCUUUUACUUUGCCUCCUUCAUCCUUCUGCUCAGAGAGGUUCUUCGACCAGGUGUGCUGUGGUUUUUGAGGAACCUGAAUGAUCCAGACUUCAACCCAGUGCAAGAGAUGAUUCACCUUCCUAUCUAUCGACACCUGCGGAGGUUUAUACUCUCAGUGGUGGUGUUUGGCUCAAUCGUUCUACUGAUGCUUUGGCUUCCGAUCAGGAUCAUUAAACUGCUCUUCCCAGCCUUCCUUCCUUAUAAUGUCAUGCUAUACAGUGAUGCUCCAGUCAGCGAGUUGUCCCUGGAACUCCUGCUGCUUCAGGUCGUUCUGCCUGCAUUAUUGGAGCAAGGUCACACUCGCCAGUGGCUCAAACGUCUUGUCCACGCCUGGACGUUCACAGCUGGAUAUGUGCUUGACCUUCAUUCGUACCUUUUGGGCGACCUUGAAGAUGAUGAAAACCAACCAAAUAACCCCCCUAAUCGACUAAAUAACAACCGGAUCCCUGGGCUUGGAGAGGGGCUCCAUGCUGCCCACCAGGCCAUUCUGCAGCAGGGCGGUCCUGUGGGGUUCCAACCCUACCACCGACCCCCCAACUUCCUCCUUAAGAUCAUUAUGCUGGUGGUCUUCAUGUGUGUGACUCUGUUACUUGCGAGUCUGCUCUGUCUCACGCUGCCAGUGUACGUGGGUCGUUGGCUGAUGUCUCUGUGGAUGGGCAGUGCAGUGGUCCAUGAGCUAUAUACAGCAGCCAGCGGUCUGUACGUCUGCUGGGUCUCCAUCAGAGCCGCCACUGUCCUGCUGUCCUGGAUGCCACAGGGAAGGACAGUUAUCAUGAUCAAAGUCCACGAGUGGACGCUUAUGAUCUUUAAGACUGUUGUAGUGGCCGUGAUGUUAGCUGGGGUGAUUCCUCUGCUGUUGGGGCUGCUGUUUGACCUCGUCAUCGUUGCUCCUCUUAGAGUCCCGUUGGACCAGACUCCUCUCUUCUACCCAUGGCAGGACUGGGCCCUUGGUGUCCUUCAUGCAAAAAUCAUUGCUGCUAUAACCCUGAUGGGCCCCCAGUGGUGGCUAAAAACUGUCAUUGAGCAGGUUUAUGCUAACGGCAUCAGAAACAUCGACCUUCAUUUCAUCGUCAGGCGGUUGGGCGCCCCCGUUAUUUGUCUUCUGUUGCUGUCGCUGUGUGUACCCUAUACUGUCUCUAAAGGCCUCACACCACUACUGGGAGUGCAGCCAGAGAUGCAGAUUCUGGUGGAGAGGAGAAUCUAUCCGUUCCUGCUGAUGGUGGUCAUAUUGCUGGCCAUACUGUCCUUUCAGAUUCGCCAGUUCAAACGACUUUAUGAGCACAUCAAAAACGACAAAUACCUGGUUGGACAGCGAUUGGUAAACUAUGAGCGGAAGAUGGGCAGGAGCUCCACCUCUCACAGCACCGCCUCAUAAAGCUGACACCCCGCCUCACACCGGGGGCCUUCAGGAGCUCCUUUCUCUGUUGUUUCUCUUCUCAUCUUCAAAGACUACAUAUCAAACCUCUGACUUCAGCCCCAUCCCUUUCUUCUCCAGCAUCUCCCACGGUUACAGUGUGGGAAGCAAAGACUUUGACAGGCAAACUCAAUCAACCGUCUCCCAUGAAAACUCUGCCCCAGAAGUUUUCAUGUGAGGUUAAAAUUCUGAACAAAGUCUUUAAGCUUCUUAAGCUCUCUGCUUGAAUCAAACUUGGCAGAAUUAAACAUCCCUCACUGGUCCUUCUGAUCUAGUCCCCUGCUCAGGUGAUAUUUGUUUUAUUUUCCAGAAGCUUGCUUCAAAUUCAGGUCAGAUGAGCUCAGCGUUUACUUUAGAUUGAGCUUCCAUUUGAAAACAUUGGAGAAAAAUCAUAAAUCUGUCGUCAUUUA